AUUGGACGUCUCCUGUCCCAAAGCGAAUGGUGGUGCACCGCCGACUCUGCCUCCCUGAGUAACCCUGCCGCGGCUUCUGCGGAGAUGGGGGGAGACAGCUCUGAACAUUCCAUCGUCGGGGGACUAGAUAAAUAAAGGUCAUCCGAGCGUGUGGUUUGCCCGGAGGUAAUCCCUACAACUUGGUAUUUCAAACUGCAUGAGCCACGCCCCCCGUCACUACUAUCCAAUAUCAUAUAGUGCUUGGCCACUCACACAUAUAGCACCUCAGAUAUUACACAACCACCCUCGUCCUUCCUAGCUCUCACCAUGCGGUGGACCCUUGCGGCACUGUUCGGCUCGGCCCUUCUGGCCAACCAGGCCCGGGCAGAACUCACCUUCACGAUAGAGGGCACACGGAACGGCGUCCCCAUCCCGCAAUCCGACAUUAAGCUGGAGCCGUUCGAGUUCGGCCGCACCCGCAUGGGCCAUUCCAACCCGCCCAAAGGCCACAGAAAGCUCCGGAGGGCCAACCCUACCGCUGACAGCGCCAACUGGUGCGGCUCCGUCAACACGACACCCUCGACCAACCAGAUCCAAACUAUCCACGGCACCUUCCAGCACCCGACAUGUAGCCAACGAGCCGGCGUGACCACAUACCCUCAGGCGGCCGCAAACUGGGUGGGCAUCGACGGCGACUCCUGGACGUCGGCCCUGUUGCAAUCAGGGACGGUCUGCAAGAUUGAUAAUUCCACUGGUAUCGUCAAAAACGAAGCCUGGUGGCAAUGGGUCCCGUCUGCCGCCUACACAAUCGCUUCCAUGCCAGUGUCGCCAGACGACUGGUUCGAGAUCACCAUCGAAACGACCUCAGCCACAGCAGGCAAAAUCACACUCACCAACCUCUCCCAAGGCCACACCUUCACCAUGCAGGUCAAAGACGGCCCCGCGCUCGCGCGGGUCAACGCCGACUGGGUGGUGGAGCGGCCCUACUACGGCUCGACGCUGGCCGGGUUCGCCUCCUUCACCGACGUCUGGUUCGACGAGGCGUGGGCGACGCGGGCGGGCACCGGCACGCUGGGCAUCCUGGGCGCCAAGCAGUACCAGAUCCCGGGGCUGUGCAACUCGCAGGAGUUUGAUGAUUCGCACGAGGUGUCGUGGUCGAUUUGAGGGGUUUGGGGUUGGGGGGGUUGUUGUUGGGUAGGUAAGGUAGUUUGGGUUGGGUUCGGGAUGGCGUUGGAUAUGGGGUUUGACCUAGUCUUUGAUUUGUUGAUGUUGGGCUUUGCGAGGGCUUGGUUGUCAUUUUAUUAUUGUGAAGGCUUUUCUUUUGCGAAUUAUAUUGAAUGCUUUCAAUGUACUGGAGGGGUUGUUUAGUUCCGUACUACUCGCACUUGUAGCGCUGAUCCGUUGACGUAGUGCUUGUUAAGUCGUCACACCUUAUCAGAGUGAGACAGAAUGCGUGCCAUCGACAUGGCCUCGAGAAUUGUUUCGGGGCUGGCUCCUGUGGGGGAGUA